CCUUCUGACUAUGCAAUAAGAAUAAAAGAAGAGCCAAUAGAUCCGGAGAUCUGCGAUGAUUUGUCGCCAGUUGAUACGAAUACAGGGAAUGAAAAUGAAACAGCGACGUUUAAAGGUAAAUCUUCGGAUAACGUUUAUUCUGAAUAUGAAGAAUCCGCGUUUCCUCAAGAAAGUACGUAUCUAGAUAAUAAGAAAUCGGAUCCUGAUAAACGAAAAAGUAAACAUAAAGUACCUUCAAACAACAGAAGAAGUUGCAACGUUUGUUUGUUAACUUUUCGAACUAAAUAUUCAUUUGAUCAGCAUGACAAAUUAUAUACCUGUAAUGUAUUUAAGUGUAAUAAUUGCACUGCAAUUUUCACUAUGCAUAUUUACUUGAUACGUCAUUUAAAGAGGCAAUGUCGUACGAAACAAUUGUCUGGAUAUAGAUGUAAUUUUUGUAGCCGAAGGUUUUCCUAUAAAAGACAUAUCCAAUCUCAUUUAUUCCAUGCGCAUGGAAACGCAAUAUUUUCUGGUGAAAGCAAAAUCACGAAAACAUCUCCUGAAUCGUUAGGAAAGUCGAAUCAUUCGGAUGGUAUAGCCAUGGCAGAAUCAAAUACUUCACACAGUCCCUGCCCAAAAAACGUAGAUAGCUCAAAAAAUAUAUCUUUGAUACCAUCUAAUAGUUUAAACAGUACACCCACCAAGGGUUCGAGCAGCAAUAUCAAGUCUACGCACCCGAAAUGGUUAAACGAUUCGCAUGGUACACCUUCGAAAAGGAUGAAGCAGACCGUCCUUACAGACUUCAUAUCGACGUACAAAGACAAACCGAAUGACAAAUGGGUUAGCCCGGAAAAUUUUAUCGAUACGGAGAAUAUUCCUGUUAAUGCGAGUAUUAUUCCAACUUCAACGCUUGACACAUUUAGUAACAAGACAUCAAGGGCUGCAGAAGUUAUUCAGGUGUCUACUUCUGUUGAGCGAAUCGAAUCUUCUGUUAGGAAACGACCAUUUGUUCAAACUCAUGUGAAUAUAAAAACAAUGAUAUCUUUAUUAAGGAAUGAAAUAAAAGCUGAACCUGGAAGCUCUAAUACCUCGCACAGUACGCCUUACAACCUUAGGUCAGUGAAAAGACCUUCUUUAUAUGAUUUCUACGAUUUAUUGCAGUUUGAGACCUUUGGAAGAUCAAGACAAUCUUUUAAAAGAAACAAGUUCCCCUAUAUAUUUGACCAAAGUAGAAGAUCUGCACCUGAAGCCAAGUAUAAAGAAUGCGUGGUCCGUUUGGAGAAAUGCGACAAAUUCUUGGAGCCUACUAGUUUUGUGUCAAGCGAAGACGAAGACGAAAACGAAAAGGAAAACGAAAACGAAGAUGCUUUCAAGCAAGCAGUAUUGAAAAAUGUGAAAGAGGAAUUUGAAGGUUUUCCUGAAACAAGCUCGACAUGUAACUUGACUUUGAAAGCUGACACGAUUGCGUCAAAGCGAUUCAGUGAAUUUGUAAAGUCUUUCGCUGAUAGAUUAAUCGUACCUCAACAACAAUCGGUUGAAUUUCAGAAGAACUUUAAAGUCUAUCAGCAAAAAAUAAUUCAAUGUCAUAUUUGUAAAAAAUCGUUUUCUUCGAAGCAGAACCUGCACGAGCACAUGAAAUUGUUCCAUACGAUUUACAUUUCGAGCAUAUGCAACGCGCGUUAGACGUCCAUGAAUAAGUUACUAACUCAUUAUCUACGUCAGCAUAUUGUGUUUAAACGAAGGGAAUGUUGCGUGUGUUAUGAGAAGUUUGACACGUCGGCAUUGUUGAAACGACACAUGAUUUUGCACUGUUUGAAGAUCAUAAGAUCAAAAAAGGACGCUUCACCGGUUGGUGUUGAAAUAAAUUACAAUGCAUUCAAGAAACAACACAAAUGCAAAGGUUGUCGCAAACGAUUUUGGCUAUACUCGUGUUUGAAACAACACGAGAAUGUAUGUCGUCGAAUGAAAGUCUUAAGAAAUAAACAACGUGUACCUUAUGUAAACCACUUGUCUCGGUCCUUGAAAGAACCAAGUGACAUGGCACUCGACACACUUAAAAAUUUGUGCAUACACGAGCGCACCUAUCGCCAAACAGCCACAGAAAAGUGUAACGUUUGUAACACGAUGUUUUCCACUAAAAGAUUCUUACAGUUUCACAUGCUUGCUACUCAUGCGCCUUCGUGUUCGGUGAACUACAAAUUCUUUUGUAAGUUCUGCGAUCAAGGAUUUGUCAAGAAACAGAGUCUUCAAAUUCACGAACGACACUUACAUAUUGAGCAAGAUUCUAGGCUGGUGAUGAAUUCCGAUUGCGCUGUGGAAGAUAAACCAAUCUGUAAUAUAUGCCAUUUAUUCGAAUCCUACGAACGUUUAGUCGAGCAUAACACGUAUUAUUACAAGGGUAAUGAUUUUUUAUGCGCAAUAUGUGGUAAGUCGUUUCAAGGAAUGUACAAGUUUUAUCAUCACAACAAGUUGGAGCAUUAUCCGGACGAACCAUCGAAAUUGUACCCUUACAAAUGCGAUACUUGUAACGAAGGCUUCAGCUACGAAUCACAUCUCCACGCAGAUAAGCUACACGUUCAUUCGCACGAUUCGCCCGCUGACGAGGCGCGCGACCGCGAUAUAUCUUUGGAUAAAUUCUUCUUUGGAUAAAUUAAGAUAAUCAUAAAAUAAAGCAUAGAGGAUAUUUAAUUCUUUGAUUUAUAGGUCGUUUCAAAAUCAAUUUUCACGCUACUAUACUGAAGAAUCGGCCUAGAUUGAGACGUACAAUAAACACGCCAAGUACACACACACACAUACGAAGCAAAUGAUUUCAAAGUGUUCUUUAAGUCACGUAUUCGCAUUUUCCAUGGCACGCAUGAAACGUAUCGAUAUUUGUUGAAAUAUACUUUACAAGACAAAUCAACGCUUCUGACCUAAUACGAACUGCGCUCGACUCAAACAUCGAGCAUAAAGUGAAGUUUGGUUGUCAGCCUUAGGCGCUUCCUUUUCAUUGUUUGCGAUGGUCUCAGUUUGUUGAAGCAGAAUAUGUCAAGCAUUCCUAGCUAGACGACCAGCCAGAAAACGAGUGAACUAGAUAUUCCAUACUG